ACAUAUAACUAUAGUGAGUUGAAUUGUACUCUAGCUGGACCAUAUUCACCAUAGUUGAGGAUCGGACUCGGCCAAUAUCAUUCAUACUACGAAACAUGUCUGUUAACGUCAACCUACAUUCUCUGGUGAAGGAUGGAUUCACAGAUGGAGCCAAGUAUGAUCAGCAUAGACCGGAAUACGCCGAGGAGUGUGUCACCUGCAUCGCUCGUAUGCUAUCUACAAAUUUCGAAACCACGAAAGAAGAAGAAAGUUAUUCGGACCGAGCUUGUGAUAUAUUGGAACUAGGAGCUGGUACAGGAAUGCUCACUAAACGGUUGUCAACAUUGUUACCCAAGGAGAAAAGACUUAUAGCUUCAGAGCCGAUGCCAGAUUUCUUCAACACUCUCCAAAGGAAUUGUCCAACUGUCAAUGCGAAACAACAUUCAGCCGAAUCCAUUCCUCUCCCGGAUAAUUCUGUAGAGGGGAUUGUGGCUGCCCAGUCUUUCCAUUGGUUUGCAAAUGAAAAAGCAUUAUCUGAAAUGUUGCGGGUUCUAAAACCAAAAGGAAAUAUAGUACUGGUAUGGAAUAUCCAAGACAGACAGACGGACUGGGUGCGAAUAAUACGUGAUACGUACCUUCAGAAGGAGUUCAUACCAGACGAAAUCAGUUACGACAGCUUCAAGUGGAAGGAUGUUCUGAACAAUUGUAACGCCAUUGGUCUUCAAGAAAGCAAAAUACUCGACUACCCCUCAAUACAGUACUCUGUUGAUGGCCUCAUCGAGCUUUACUCGACUAUGUCUGUGAUAUCACAAAAGUCCCCGGAUGAUAAACAGCGCGUACUGGCGGAUUUGAGGCACGUGCUAAGCACUCACCCCGAUACUGUUGGAAAAGACAUACUUUAUCUUCCUCAUUACAUUGACCUUCAGCACUAUAUCAAACGCUGA